ACCGCACACCGCACCGUCUGCAAUAGUAUUACAUACUCUAUACUACUAUAUUAUAAUAGCGACCGCAUUUUUUCACAUAUAUACCAGGGAUACCUGCAUUAUAGUAAUAUUAUAUAUUUAAAUUUAGUUUACCUACGAAGUACAGCAGUGCAAUUUUUUUUUCGUACACAUAAAUACGUUCGCUUGUGGAUCAUUCGCUGUAUUACGUACGCAUCACGCUCGCGCCGAGUAGCGUCAUACGCUUUUUAUUAUAAUAUAAUACAAUUUAGGUACACGUCAUACGACCAAAUAUAUACAUGGGUAUAACCGAACUCUUAACGCUUAUAUAUGUUGCAUUUCGGGAGUGCGGCCUGUACGUAUAAAUAAUAUAAAGCUCAGGUUUCGGCGACUUGUAUAGAUCACAUCGCAUUUGGAGUGCACCGCGAUCGAUCCACGCGCACUGGAGCCUUUUUUUCGAUGGGAUUUCGCAAUCCGUACGUGUCGAUAUUGUCGGUUGAUUACAAGUUGCGCGCCAAAUUGAUGCCACUGAGGUCCUAGUAUAUAUUUAAUAUAUACAUUUUAGCUGCAUUUUGAUUCACGAGUGUCGAGUGAAAACCAAAAUUCAUAAACACCGCCGUUGAUUCGAACCGUGUCGAGUCAUUGCGAUUGAAUAUUAUACGCAUACAAUAUAAACGAAGACAUAGACAACAUUGCAAAAAUGGCUUGGAUCAGACGCGGUCGCGGAGACAAAGCGAUGCAGCAGAUGACGUUCACGAUUGACAUGCCCAUCAGCGAGGACCAGGUGGCCGAGCUGUACGGUGAAGGCGCCCGGAUCCACAGCGUACACCACAGGUCCAAGCCAGAGCAGUCUGUGUUCGCGUCCACAAUGUCGUCCAACGCCUCGGUGGACACGACGGUGGGCUCGACUGCGGCGCUCAUACAUAGCCAUGCGGCCAAAGUCAAGAAGAAGAAGUACGCUUUCCUCAGGCAGGGCAACAGCGGUGGCGCCCAACAGUCAGCCUCGGCAUCGGGCAACAACGGCUAUUUAACAGGCCGCCACUGCCGGGACGCCGCCAUACACAGCCAAAAGGAGCUGAACAUCCGGUUGGCCACGCCCACGGUGCCAAACUUUAUCGAUCAGAUACUCAAGAAAAAACAGGCCACCGAACAGGUGUCCGCAAAGCGUUUGAGCAGCGACGACGACGACGACGACGACGACGACUGUGAUGACGACCGGGACGACGAUGAAGACGACGUGUUCUUGCAGGACCUCAAGUCCGCCGCCAAAAUCCGGACGCCGCAGAACACAUAUGUCCCACAGAUCCUUGCUUCAUUAACAGUAUCAUUAUGCUCAAUGGUAGUUGGAUUCGCGUCCGCCUACACCUCACCCGCCUUACCGUCGAUGAACAGACCGGGCAGUCCGCUGACAGUAACCGAGGAAGAAGGUUCAUGGAUCGGCAGUCUCAUGCCACUGGCAGCACUCAUCGGUGGCAUGGCAGGCGGGCCCCUUAUCGAGUCCAUCGGUAGGAAAACCACAAUACUCGCUACCGGAAUACCUUUUAUUAUUUCCUUUAUUCUGAUAGCGAUGGCUGUUAACGUGCAAAUGGUAAUGGCCGGCAGAGCCAUAGCCGGAUUCUGCGUAGGAGUGGCUUCAUUAGGUCUUCCUGUAUACUUAGGAGAAACUGUACAACCUCAAGUCAGAGGGACGUUGGGCCUUUUGCCCACCACUCUCGGCAACAGCGGCAUUUUGUUGUGCUUCAUUGCUGGCAAAUACCUUAACUGGCAGAUGCUCGCUAUCCUCGGCGCUUGUAUCCCAAUACCGUUCUUAGUGUGCAUGUUCCUCAUCCCUGAAACACCACAAUGGUACAUAAGCAGAAACAAAAGCAAGAAAGCGAAAAAAGCUCUUCAAUGGCUGAGGGGUAAGGACGCGGAUGUAACGCAAGAAUUCAGUGAGAUCGAAAAAGCCAAUCACAUGGGCAAAAACGAAGAAAUGCCCGGAUAUCUGAGCUUGUUCUCCAAGAUGUACUCAAAACCCUUGCUUAUAUCUAUGGGACUCAUGUUGUUCCAACAACUCAGCGGUAUCAACGCAGUUAUAUUUUAUACCGUCAAAAUCUUUAAGGAAGCCGGAAGUACCAUCGACGAAAAUUUGUGCACCAUCAUCGUGGGUAUCGUCAAUUUCUUGUCCACUUUCAUAGCAACCGGUCUCAUCGACAAGCUUGGUCGCAAAAUCCUUCUGUACGCGUCCAGCGCUACAAUGGCGGUCACGCUCAUCACUCUCGGAACGUUCUUCAACUACAAAAACAGCGGUUACGACGUGUCUCAGUACGGAUGGUUGCCAUUGGCCAGUUUCGUGUUUUUCAUCAUCGGGUUUGCCAUCGGCUUCGGGCCAAUUCCGUGGUUGAUGAUGGGUGAAAUUUUGCCCGCUAAAAUCCGGGGCACGGCUGCUUCGUUGGCGACGGCUUUCAACUGGGCCUGCACGUUCGUAGUUACCAAGACGUUCGCCGACUUAUUGCGGGUCUUCGGCACUGACGGGACCUUUUGGAUGUUUGGCGGCAUCUGCUUGAUGGGACUGGUGUUCAUCAUAUUCUGCGUGCCCGAGACCCAGGGUAAGAGCUUGGAGGACAUCGAACGGAACUUAACCGGGGUAGGCAAAGGCCCGGUCAGACAAGUGAGAAGAAUGAGCUCGAUAGCGCAUCUGAAACCACUGCCGAUGGCCAUCUAAACGACAGAAAAAAUGAAUAUUUUAUUAUGUAUAAACUAUAUAAGAAAAUCGGCGUAUAUAUAUAUAUAUAUAUAUAUAUAUAUAUAUAUUUUAAUAAUAAUAUUAUACAUCAAUUUUUCUUCGGAACAUUUUCGGCAAUUACAAAAUAUGAAACCAGCAAGCUUUUAUUUGGCGCGUAUCUCUUUUAAUAUUUUACAAUGAAAAUUACGUUUUUAUCAUUACAACUUUUUAACUACCUAUAAAUUUGCAUUGACCAUUUUUAAAACGCGUUAGACUACACUGUUCUAAAGUGUAUUAUAUAAUGGUGCUAAAAUAUUUCAGACAAUAAUUAACAGAAUAAAAACGACUUUUUUUUAAAUUUAUAUAAUAUUAACAAUAUAUAUACAUAAAAAAAAAAAAUACGAUUACAACAAGAAUACAGACGAAGGCCGUCUCAUUGCGUUUCCACAUUCCGGAGAGUAGGUGAAGUUCCAAUUUUUUUACAUUAAAUUAUUAUUAUUAUUAUUAUUAUUUUUUUUCGUGCUGUGAUAGACACAGAACAUCCCCUCCCUCCUGCAGUUGUAUGAUAAUGUUUACACCACAAUACACGUAUAUAAUAUUAUAUAUAUAUAUAUAUAUAUACAUACAGAUCAAAUACCGAUUUUUACGAUCGGGUCAAUCCCUCCUUACAAACCCUUCGAGUUUUUUUAUUUGACUUAAGAAUUUAAUAGUAUGAUACGUAUAUAAAAUAUAUAUAUAUUUAUUAUAUAAUUAUAGUUGGGCACUCGUUAUUGUACUUACAAUUUAAUACAUUUACAUUAUUACACUAUAAUACUUUAUAUACAUAUAAUAUAUGUCGAUACGCUUAAGCCACUUUAGGGGGAGGCCUUCAAGUCCAUGAAGGUUUGUGUGUGUGUGUGUAUGUGUGUGUGUGUGUGUGUGUGUGUGUGUGUGUAUGUUUAGAUUAACGUUUUUAAUAUUAUUAUUAUUAUUAUGUAGGUGUAAAAUACGUAAUUGUAAACAAACGAUGUUUCUAAGUAUUUAUAUUUUGUUUUUUUAAACGAUUUUUACAUUGCAGUAUACUUGGUACCUACCUAUGUUUUUCCGGUUUUUCGAUCCGUCAUAGGUAAAACCUGCACGUAUGAUUCCAUACAAAUUGUGUAAUAUAACGGACCGCGAAACUGGAAAGGAUAUAAUCAUUAUAAAAUUGUACAUCGAGUUACGAUUACAUUUAAAAUAUAAUUCAAUAACUGCGCCGAAAAAGACAAUUUUAUUUUACUAACAUCAAAAAAAUGUAAUAGUCAUUUAUGCGCGAAAAGCCGCCCCGUCGUGAGUGUGUACAAAACAUUUGAUCGAUAUUUGGAAAACCGAUACAGUUAUGCGCGCCCAUGAUGCGGGGUGCGCUAAAUAUUAUGUUUAUUAUCGAUACAACUUUUUAAACGACUAGACUGUUUUUUUUUUUUAAUCUUUUAUUGUGAUUUGAUAUGAUUAUGUUAUAUAAUAAUAUUAAUAUUGAAAAGCCUCGCGUAAAAAUCGUUUUUUACCAAGUAAAUAUAUUAAUAAUACAAAUACUUACUGAAGCCGACUAUAAAAUCAGUGUCGCUUUUUUCCGAUCAGGCGGGCAACCUUUGUGAUUUUAUUAUUAUUUUUUUUUUUUGUAUUAAAAUUAGUUACCAAUAUAUUAAACUAUGAAUAUUUUUUUUUGUUAGGACAUUAUUAUUUAUUAAAACAAUAUAUAGAUUCUCGGAUGACAUGUUAUUUAUUUCUAGAUUUAUUUAAAUUAUAAUAUAGAUUUAUGAUUGUGUUUUGAGCUCAAAUCACUUAAAAAAAAAAGAAUGUAGUACAUAUACCUAUAUUUAUAUUGUCAAUUAAAUGAAUAAAACAAAAGCAAUAGAUAUUAUUACUAUUAUUACUACCAGCUGUAAACCUAUAGUUAAUGAAUUAACAACACAUUCCAUAUUGUACGAAAUUAUUUAGUAUUUUAUCAAAAUAUGUAUGAAAUAUUAUUUUAUUUUAUUUUUUAUUUUAAUUCGAUAUAUAUUUCUGUUUUAAACAAAAAAUAAAAACAUUUUUGUGGCUUAAGUGCGUUUUUCGAAGACGUGUUAAUUCAUUAUUAUAAUAUUUAUUGUUUAAUAUAAUAUACAUUUUUAGAGA